UAGGCACAAUUAAACAAAAAUAAAUUCUCCUUCUCUAUAUAAACCCACCAUGUCACCACACCCUACCCAGCAAAACCAAACCAUAGCAAACCUAAGCACCAAACCUCUUUCUUUCAAGAUCCUUGAAUUCAGUCCCAUGGCUCCAAGCAUAAGCAAAACUGUGGAACUAAAUUCAUUUGGUCUUGUCAACGGUAAUUUGCCUUUGUCCAUAACCCUAGAAGGAUCAAAUUUCCUCGCCAACGGCCACCCUUUUCUCACGGAAGUUCCCGAAAACAUAAUAGUCACCCCUUCACCCAUCGACGCCAAGAGUAGUAAGAACAACGAGGACGACGACGUCGUAGGUUGCUUCGUGGGCUUCCACGCGGACGAGCCCAGAAGCCGACACGUGGCUUCCCUGGGGAAGCUCAGAGGAAUAAAAUUCAUGAGCAUAUUCCGGUUUAAGGUGUGGUGGACCACUCACUGGGUCGGUAGCAACGGACACGAACUGGAGCACGAGACACAGAUGAUGCUUCUCGACAAAAACGACCAACUCGGACGCCCCUUUGUGUUGAUUCUCCCGAUCCUCCAAGCCUCGUUCCGAGCCUCCCUGCAACCCGGUUUGGAUGAUUACGUGGACGUUUGCAUGGAGAGCGGCUCGACACGUGUCUGUGGCUCCAGCUUCGGGAGCUGCUUAUACGUCCACGUUGGCCAUGACCCGUAUCAGUUGCUUAGAGAAGCAACUAAAGUCGUUAGGAUGCAUUUGGGGACUUUCAAGCUUCUCGAGGAGAAAACCGCGCCAGUGAUCAUAGACAAGUUUGGUUGGUGUACAUGGGACGCGUUUUACUUGAAGGUGCAUCCCUCAGGUGUGUGGGAAGGGGUGAAAGGGUUGGUGGAGGGAGGGUGCCCUCCAGGGAUGGUCCUAAUCGACGACGGGUGGCAAGCCAUUUGUCACGACGAGGACCCCAUAACGGACCAAGAGGGUAUGAAGCGAACCUCUGCAGGGGAGCAAAUGCCAUGCAGGCUGGUGAAGUUGGAGGAAAAUUACAAGUUCAGACAGUAUUGUAGUGGAAAGGAUUCUGAGAAGGGUAUGGGGGCCUUUGUUAGGGACUUGAAGGAACAGUUUAGGAGUGUGGAGCAGGUGUAUGUGUGGCACGCGCUUUGUGGGUAUUGGGGUGGGGUCAGACCCAAGGUUCCGGGCAUGCCCCAGGCUAAGGUUGUCACUCCGAAGCUGUCCAAUGGACUAAAAUUGACAAUGAAGGAUUUAGCGGUGGAUAAGAUCGUCAGUAACGGAGUUGGACUGGUGCCACCACACCUGGCUCACCUUUUGUACGAGGGGCUCCACUCCCGUUUGGAAUCUGCGGGUAUUGACGGUGUUAAGGUUGACGUUAUACACUUGCUCGAGAUGCUAUCCGAGGAAUACGGUGGCCGUGUUGAGCUAGCCAAAGCUUAUUACAAAGCGCUCACUGCUUCGGUGAAGAAGCAUUUCAAAGGCAAUGGGGUCAUUGCGAGCAUGGAGCAUUGUAAUGACUUCUUUCUCCUUGGUACCGAAGCCAUAGCCCUUGGGCGCGUAGGAGAUGAUUUUUGGUGCACUGAUCCCUCUGGAGAUCCAAAUGGCACGUAUUGGCUCCAAGGGUGUCACAUGGUGCACUGUGCCUACAACAGCUUGUGGAUGGGGAAUUUUAUUCAGCCGGAUUGGGACAUGUUCCAGUCCACUCACCCUUGUGCCGAAUUCCAUGCAGCCUCUAGGGCCAUCUCUGGUGGACCAAUUUACGUUAGUGAUUGUGUUGGAAAGCACAACUUCAAGUUGCUCAAGAGCCUCGCUUUGCCUGAUGGGACGAUUUUGCGUUGUCAACACUAUGCACUCCCCACACGAGACUGUUUGUUUGAAGACCCCUUACAUGAUGGGAAGACAAUGCUCAAAAUUUGGAAUCUCAACAAAUAUACAGGUGUUUUGGGUCUAUUUAAUUGCCAAGGAGGUGGGUGGUGUCCCGUAACUAGGAGAAACAAGAGUGCCUCUGAAUUUUCACAAACUGUGACAUGCUUAGCGAGUCCUCAAGACAUUGAAUGGAUCAAUGGGAAAAGCCCAAUAUGCAUAAAAGGGAUGAAUGUGUUUGCUGUAUAUUUGUUCAAGGACCACAAACUAAAGCUCAUGAAGGCAUCAGAGAAAUUGGAAGUUUCACUUGAGCCAUUUAAUUUUGAGCUAUUGACAGUGUCUCCAGUGAUUGUGCUGUCAAAAAAGUUAAUUCAAUUUGCUCCAAUUGGAUUAGUGAACAUGCUUAACACUGGUGGUGCCAUUCAGUCCAUGGAGUUUGACAACCACAUAGAUGUGGUCAAAAUUGGGGUUAGGGGUUGUGGGGAGAUGAAGGUGUUUGCAUCAGAGAAACCAGUUAGUUGCAAACUAGAUGGGGUAGUUGUAAAAUUUGAUUAUGAGGAUAAAAUGCUGAGAGUGCAAGUUCCCUGGCCUAGUGCUUCAAAAUUGUCAAUGGUUGAGUUUUUAUUUUGAUCCCUGAAGGUGAAUUUGGGAUACUAUGAUGUUUGACUCUCUUUUUAAGUAAUAAGAGUCAUAUUUUUCUGUUGUAGGUUUUA